GCAUCACCAAACCCCGCCCCCUACGUCGGCACGUAUUACUCUCUCAAAUUAAAAGAUGGCGACUCGACCCGCGUAAAUUGGAGCUCUGAAAGGUCUGGAUCCUGCCUUAUGUUGUCAUUGUGACAUUCUGUGACGGAUCGACGUGUUGACAGAAGAGGGGCUAUGGCUUUUGAGGAGAUCAAGAGUAAAGGAGGAAUGGAUAUGGUGAUGGACGGAGAAAGAGGCCUUGUAGCCGGUCGGAGCCAGAGAGAGAAGAGGAGGUCGUACAAGGAUCUGUUGAGGGAGGAAGAGGAGAUCGCUGCUCAGGUCCGGAAGUCUUCCAAGAAGCGUCCAAAAGAUUCAGAGCUGUUCAUGCUCGGAGGAGACUCGCACAAAAAGAAGAAGAAACACAGCGAUGACUACUACUACAGAGACCACGAUGGCCCUCCUCCCCACAAGAAGAAGCACAAAUCGGCAGACCGCUCCCCCAUGUCCUCCCCCUCCUCCCUCCCCACAGACACAGCGAUGGGCCUCCUGCAGGCCAUCACCUCCCCUCUGGCCACCGGUUCAGACCCCAGCCCCCAUUUACACAAGAAACCCUCGUACCCUCCUUUCUCCUCGCACUCCUCCAAGGACCGUAAGCGUGAGAGCAGCAGCGGCGGUGGCGGCGGCGGAGGAAGCAAAGGCAGCCAUUCCUUCUCUCACAACCGUCCUCCAUCUUCUUCCUCCUCCUCAAAGAAGCACUCCUCCUCCUCUUCCUCAAAGUCGUCCCUGUUUCACGGCGGCGCCCCCAAGGAGGAGCCGCUGACGCUGCGGGAGGCCGACGGGCUGAAGAUGAAGCUCAUCAUGUCGCCGGAGAAGGAGGAAGGAGAGACGUUCCCGUUCCCGCCUCCUCACUCGUCUAAAGGAGGUGGGAAGAAGGAGAAGGACAGAGACCGGACGCAGCACUCGAAGACGCCCAAGAAGAAAGUCCAGCAGAGCAGAGAUCCUCUGCCCGUGGUGGGGAAAGAGGUGGAGGUGGAGGGUCAUUACGGAGGAGGCAUGGGAGACGACAGCUCUUCCUCUGGGGGAGAACUGGAGGCCGGUGAACUGGUUAUAGACGAUUCGUACACACACCUGUCCAAGAAGAAGAAGAAGAGCAAAAAGAGCAAGAAGAAGAAGGACAAGGAAAAAGACAGAGACAAGGAGAAAAGUGGGAAGGACAAGAAGCACAGCAAGGGAUUCGGAGACUCGUCGAGGAGCCACAGUCACUCCCAUCCCACCGUCACUCACAGCGCCGUGGGGCCGAUGUACGCCAUGAGCUCGCCCGUUCCUCCUCCUCAUCAUCACCCCGCCAACGAUGGGGUGACGGAGAAGAAGAAGAAGAAGAAAGAUGAGAACGAUCGGGAUAAACACGACAAGGACAAAGACAAGCCCAAGAAGAAGAACACGACAGCGUACCAGGUGUUCUGUAAGGAGUACAGAGUCAACAUUAAUGCAGAACAGCCGGGACUAGUCUUUGGUGAGCUUAGCAAAAAGCUGGCGGAGGUGUGGAAGGCGAUGCCAGAGAAAGACAAGCUGGUGUGGAAGCAGAAGGCUCAGUAUCUGCAGCACAGACAGAACAAAGCCGAGGCAACGACCGUCAAACACAAGAGCGCCCCCGAGGGGAAGAGCAAAGUAAUAGGAGCAGGAACAGGGAUGGUGUCCCCCAGCAGAGCGCCUGGAAACCUCUCUCUGUCUCCGGCUAGAGUUCCUGAGGUGGAUCCCAUCGAUGCAGCCGCUCACCUGCAGCUGCUCGGAGAAUCCCUGUCUCUGAUUGGCCAUCGGCUGCAGGAGACUGAGGGCAUGGUGGCGGUGUCCGGCAGCCUGUCUGUCCUCCUCGACUCCAUCCUGUGUGCUCUGGGCCCGCUGACCUGUCUCACUGCUCAGAUACCGCAACUCAACGGCUGCCCUCGAAACGUCCUGUCUAAUACGUUGGACAACAUCGCCUACAUCAUGCCGGGGCUUUGAGUGAAGGAUAAUCGAAAUUUGACGUCAGAAAUCCUCAGAUUUGACCCUCUGACUUUAAUUUAAACAACUCUUAUCUUAGCCGCUGAAAAGCCGCAUAUUUUUUAGCGUCAACAUGUUUUUAAAGUGUAUUUUUGUAAACCUUGUUCUCUUAAUUUUCGAAUUAUUAUUUUAAAAACAUUUUACUGAGCAUGUUGAUCUCCGAGCUUAGUUUUAAUGUUACUGUACAGGUUGUGUGUGUGUGUGUGUGUGUGUGUGUGUGUGUGUGUGUGUGUGUGUGUGUGUGUGUGUGUGGUG